CAGAAGUCUCAGCGAGGCCGCGGCUCUGUUAAUGUUGGCGGGAGCAGAGCAAUCGGUCACUUGGACCAGAGCUGAUUGUCCUCCCGGUGCUUGCGAGCAGCGCUCGCUGCUUCGGCCGGCAGUAUGAGGGUGGCUGUGGCUGGCUGCUGCCAUGGCGAGCUGGACAAGAUCUAUGAGACGCUGGCACUGGCGGAACGGCGGGGUCCAGGACCCAUAGACAUGCUGCUGUGCUGCGGCGACUUCCAGGCGGUGCGCAACGAGGCCGACCUGCGCUGCAUGGCUGUGCCGCCCAAGUACCGCCACAUGCAGACCUUCUACAGGUAUUACUCUGGAGAGAAAAAGGCUCCGGUUCUCACAAUCUUCAUAGGGGGGAACCAUGAAGCCUCAAACCAUUUGCAAGAGUUACCCUAUGGAGGCUGGGUGGCACCAAACAUUUAUUAUUUAGGUUUGGCUGGUGUAGUAAAAUACCGAGGCAUAAGGAUUGGUGGAAUCUCUGGUAUCUUUAAAUCUCAUGACUAUCGAAAAGGUCAUUUUGAGUACCCCCCUUAUAAUCCAGCUACAAUAAGGAGUAUAUAUCACGUAAGAAAUAUUGAAGUCUACAAAUUAAAACAGCUGAAGCAGCCUAUGGACAUAUUCUUAUCUCAUGAUUGGCCAAGAAGCAUAUAUCAUUAUGGAAAUAAGAAGCAACUUCUCAAGACUAAAUCUUUUUUCCGACAAGAAGUAGAAAAUAACACAUUAGGAAGUCCUGCUGCGUCAGAACUUUUAGAGUACUUAAAGCCUACUUACUGGUUUUCUGCACACCUCCAUGUCAAGUUUGCAGCUUUUAUGCAGCAUCAGGUCAAGGAUAAAGGACAGACAGCGAAAGCAACCAAAUUUUUAGCCUUGGACAAAUGCUUACCACAUAGAGACUUUCUUCAGGUGAUAGAAAUAGAACAUGAUCCUGAUGCACCUGAUUACUUGGAGUAUGAUAUUGAAUGGCUCACGAUUCUUAAGGCUACUGAUGAUCUUAUUAAUGUGACUGGGCGCCUGUGGAAUAUGCCUGAGAAUAAUGGCUUGCAUACAAGGUGGGAUUAUAGUGCCACAGAAGAAUCUAUGAAUGAAAUACGGGAAAAAUUGAAUCAUGACCUCAAAGUACCAUGUAACUUUAGUGUGACAGCUGCCUGUUAUGACCCUAGCAAGCCACAGACACAGAUACCAUUGGUUCAUAGGAUCAACCCUCAGACUACUGAAUUUUGUGCCCAACUUGGCAUCACAGACAUUAAUGUCAGGCUUCAGAAGGCCAAAGAAGAACAUCAUUUUUGUGGUGAAUAUGAAGAACAGGAUGAUGUGGAGAGUAAUGGCUCUGGAGAAGAUCCUAGUGAAUAUAACACAGACACUUCUGCCCUGUCCUCUAUUAAUCCAGAUGAAAUAAUGUUGGAUGAAGAGGAGGAAGAUGAAGAUAGUAUUGUAAAUACACACAGUGACGCGAAUAUAGCAUCUGUAGAACCUUCUUCUGGUCAAACCUCUGACUUUUCUACAAGCUUUUCUGAUGUCAGGAUCUUGCCAGGUUCCAUGAUUGUAUCAUCUGAUGAUACGUUGGGUUCCCCAGAUGACAGAGCGGAGAAGCCUGGUGAAACUGUGGAGUUGGGAGGGGGAACAGACUUGACCCAGGUACCAGUGAAGAGGUUAAGUGAUGAACAUGAGCCUGAACAAAGAAAGAAAAUUAAGAGGAGAAAUCAAGCCAUUUAUACUGCAGUGGAUGAUGAUGAUGAUGAUGCAGCUUAAGACAAUUUAUAUGUAGAUAUAUGACUUUUUUAGAUCCUAUUUUUAGAGUUGUAUUUUUGACUCAAGAUUUGUAAUAAUGACGUUACAUAAGAAAUGUUUAGUUAGGUAUUGACUUUGUCUUUAGGCUUUUGUAUGUUUCAGAUACAAAUAUAUUAAAAAUUUUAUAUAUUUACCUUUGUGUACCUUUCUCUUGAAGAUAGAUUAUUCAUUUUCAUUUUUAAGCAAACACUUAUUGAAUAUCUAUUUUGUGUCAGGUACUCUUUUAAGGUGGCACUAUAAAAAUUAGGAAGACAGGGAUUUUUGCAU